AUGUUCCGCCAUGCCGACUCUGUUCUGCAGUGAGCGGGUCGUCGGCGCUAACUUAGUGAGAUCGGGGUGAGAAUCACGUGACCCAUGAAUUCCGCGCUGAGCGCUUGAUUGCCGAACCUGUCCUAAUAAAUCUAGCGAAGGUCGAUACGAAGAAACGCGUGGCGCUUCGGAUGCCGUCGUACCCCCAGUUCUUACGUUCUUGCUCGACUACAUCAAGAACGCUUCGAAAACGAUCUCGUCCAACGCCGAAAAGCGUCGGAUCUGGCCCUACGAGACUCCUCUGGGCAUGCAACACCGGCCGCGAGCUGCUCCGAGUGAUUGA